GUUAUGGGCCCAGGUGCCGCUGAAUAAAUAGGCAAUACGUGUUGUCUUACUUGUCUGUAAAGACGUGUAUAUUUUGUGUUUAACGAAGCGUAAACGUGUGCCAAAGAAAGCUGUUGUUUUAUACGACGAAAUUUAAAUAUGGCGGAAAUUACAAAAAUAGAAAAUCUAAACGGGAAGAAUUAUCAAUCGUGGAAGUACAACAUCAAGCUUGUGUUGAUGGAACGUGGUUUGUGGGGAUUUAUCGCAGGAACUGAGACUCCUCCAGCAGAAACAGCGACAAAUGCAGUAAAAAAUGCAUACCGACUUCGAUCGGACAAAGCUUAUUCGUUAAUUGCACUCAGUGUUCACAAAAGUCUGCAAGUACAUAUUACUACAACGACGGAUCCUCGAGUCGCAUGGGAAACAUUGCAAAAGCAAUUUGAAUUUGUUUCUAUCACACAGAUCGUUCGACUAAACCGAAAAUUUUACGCAGCUACGAUGAAAGAGGGGACGGAUAUUCUGGAUCAUGUGACAUACAUGACCUCGUUGGCUGAACAGUUGCGAGAGUUAAAAGAAGAAAUUUCUGAUCAAAAAUUCGCUACAGUCGUACUCGGAAGUCUUCCAGAAUCAUACGAUAAUUUUAUAUCUAGUUUAAACGCAAGGACAGUCGAAGAAUUGAAAUGGGACAAUAUCAAAGGCGCAUUAAUCGAAGAGUACAUGAAACGGAAAGAGAAAGGAGAGAAACAAGGUCAAGGUCACGACCAAGAUUCCAGUCGAAACGAAGCAUUAUUUUCAAGUAGGGGAAAUUUCUCAGGCAGAGGAAAUUUCUCGGGUAGGGGAAGAAAUUAUCAACGUGGUGGUCGAUAUCAGGGGAAUAAUUAUCGACAGGAUGCUCAUCAUAAAACAGAUCAUGUGCAAGGUCCAAGAUGUUAUAAAUGUCAACAAAUUGGUCACAUCGUUAAGAAUUGUCCACUUAAUCGAAAGAAUAAUCAGUCAAAUGUGGCAGAAGAAAGUACAAGAUUAGAACAACAGGACGGUGAGAUAGCUCUAAACUCUACAUCGACAUCUAGUAAGCAAAACAAUCAUUGGUUUAUUGACAGUGGUGCAACAAAGCACAUGACAUUCCAAAGACAUUUAAUUGUUGAUUAUGUUAAGUACAAGCAACCAUCAAAGAUAUAUCUCGGUGAUAACAGGGUGAUUAAAGCAUAUGGAGAAGGCAAAGUGAGAUUACAGUGUUAUGAUGAAUCAGGUGUUGUUGUUGCAUUGGUGUUGAAUAAAGUAUUGUAUGUACCUGAAAUAACGAAGAAUUUGUUGUCGGUCUCAGCUAUGACACAAAUGGGAGCAGAAGUUUUAUUCAAUGAUGGAAAGUGCUAUGUUACAAAGGACGGUAGAACAAUCAGUAUUGGACACAUUAAUGAUAGUCAACUUUACAUGGUAAAUACAGAGGAUUAUGCUCAUAUUGCGACAGCGAAACCAUCUUUGGAACAAUGGCAUUGUAGAUUUGGUCACCUAAACUUUGGUUAUGUUAACAAAUUAGCACAGGGGAACCUUGUUAACGGAAUGAAUUAUUCGAAUGGGAAAGUUAGUCAAGAAUGCGAAGCGUGUGCACAGGCGAAAAUGCAUAGAAUACCUUUUCCAAAGCAAAGUACAAAGAAAACCAGUCGACCAUUGGAACUGAUACACAGCGACCUGUGUGGACCAAUGAAUGUGGAUUCAAUUGGUGGAAGCAAGUAUGUAUUGACGUUCACAGAUGAUCAUACAAGGUAUGUGACAGUAUACUUUCUUAAAUCCAAAUCAGAAGUUCUUUCAAAGUUUGAAGAAUAUGUCACAAUGGUUGAGAAUGCAACCGGUCUAAAAGUCCAGAACCUUAGAACUGAUAAUGGUGGAGAAUAUGUAUCCCACAAUUUCACCAAAUUUUGUACAAGUAAAGGAAUCUUCCAUCAAUUUACCAACCCCUAUACACCAGAACAAAAUGGCACAUCAGAGAGACUUAACCGAACACUUGUUGAAUCAGCAAAAUCUAUGAUUUUCCACGCCAAAAUGCCACUAAAUUUUUGGGCUGAAGCUGUGAAUACAGCGGUAUACCUGCAUAAUAGAAGUCCGACAAGCUCGUUGAAAGAUAAGACACCAUAUGAAUGUUGGUUUGGGAAGAAACCAGACGUGUCAAAUUUAAAAGUUUUUGGAUGUAUUUGUUUCGUUCAUACACCGGACAGUUUGAGACAGAAACUUGACCCUAAAUCUCGAAAGGCAAUAUUUGUCGGUUAUCCAGUUGAUACGAAAGGUUACAAAGUGUAUGAUUUAGAGUCCAAACGUUUCAUAAGAAGUAGAAAUGUUUUAUUUCACGAGAACAAAUUUCACAAUUUUGAAUUAGUUAACAAGGAAACAGUCUUAAGAGAAGACGUUGAUGUCAAUGAAAGAUUUGACGAGGGCGAACAGUCCACUAUUAUUCGAGUUGAGCCGGUAGUUAAUCCAACUGCACCCGAGCAUGCAGAGGAUGUCCCAGCAGUGGGAGUUACAUUCGAGGAAAAUUUUAUGCAACAAGUCGAAAAUCUCGGUCCGACAAGACAGAGAAAAGCCCCAGAAAGAUUUCGUCCUGAUGAAUGUUAUGUUGCAGAGUCGCUAACAGCAGAGAACGAAGAACCACAGUCUGUGGAAGAAGCAUUAAGAGGUGAGCAUUCUAAUAAGUGGAAACAAGCUUUAGAAGCUGAAUACAGUUCAUUGAUGAACAAUGAAACAUGGGAAUUAGUGCCACCACCUGAAAGUUCAAAUAUUGUUGGGUCAAAAUGGGUAUUAAAAAUUAAACGUGAUGCUAAUGGAAACAUUGAUAGACACAAGGCUAGACUCGUUGCGCAGGGAUACUCGCAAACCCAGGGAAUAGAUUACGAGGAGGUAUUUUCUCCAGUUGCCAGAUACUCGAGUAUACGAACUUUGCUAGCUCUAGCAAAUGAACACAACCUAGAAAUCCAUCAAAUGGAUGUGAAAACUGCUUUUCUGAAUGGAUCAAUCGAACACGAUAUUUAUAUGACUCAACCUAAAGGAUUCAUUGAUCCAGAUCAUCCCGAGUAUGUAUGUAAACUAAAUAAGAGCAUCUACGGACUGAAGCAAUCCGCUCGAUGCUGGAACCAGACCCUUGACAGUUUUUUGAGAGCAAAUGGCUACCGUAAAAGUGGUGCUGAUACCUGCAUUUACGUAAAGUCUGAAAGAAAACCUAAUGGCUUCAUUAGUUUCGUGAUUUUGGCAGUGUAUGUCGACGACAUCAUCCCGGUUUCCAAUGAUGUUGAUAUGCUCAACGCAGAGAAAGAAUCGUUGUGCAGAGAAUUCGAAAUGGUAGAUCAAGGAGAAAUACAUUUUGUUCUCGGUAUGUCAAUCAAGAGAGAUAGAGCAACAAAGGCUUUAUUCAUUAAUCAAGAAAAGUAUUUAGAAGGUGUGUUAAAUCGAUUUGGAAUGCAAGAUUGCAAGUCAGCCUCAACUCCGCUUGAGACAGGAAUGACAUUCCAUAAACGAACAGAAGACGAAGAAUUGUUUGAUGAACAUAUAUAUCAACAAGCUAUAGGAUGUUUAACCUAUGCAUCUACAGCAACAAGACCAGACAUUGCAGCAGCUGUAAGUAUUUUAUCCACAUUUAUGUCAAAUCCGAGCAAAGAACACUGGAUUGGAAUCAAACGAGUGCUACGAUACAUUAAAGGAACUUUGAAUUAUGGAUUAAAGUUUCAAGCAAAUGGAAAUCAUCAUGAAUUAGUUGGUUAUUCGGACGCGAAUUGGGCAGGAGAUGUAGAUACGCGAAGGUCUACUUCCGGAUAUGUUUUCAAAGUAGCUAAUUCUACAAUAAGUUGGUCUAGCAAGAAACAAGCGACAGUAGCCAAGUCCACUACCGAAGCAGAAUAUGUUGCUUUAAGUCAAGCCACUCAAGAAGCUAUUUGGAUGCGAAAGUUAUUGUCUGAUAUCGGUUACAAAAUCGACGAACCUACUGUAAU